AUGGAAAACUCCCAGCUUUGUAAGCUGUUCAUUGGCGGCCUGAAUGUGCAGACGACGGAAGCUGGGCUGCGAGAAUACUUCGAGGCCUACGGGACCUUAACCGACUGUGUGGUUGUGCUCAACCCGCAAACCAAGCGCUCCCGAUGCUUCGGUUUUGUCACAUACUCGGCUGUGGAAGAAGCCGAUGCCGCCAUGGCUGCCUCCCCGCACGCUGUCGACGGCAACGUGGUGGAGCUGAAGCGGGCCGUUUCCCGCGAGGAUUCCGCCCGGCCCGGCGCCCACGCGAAAGUGAAGAAACUGUUUGUCGGGGGCCUCAAGGGGGACUUGGGGGAGAACGACCUAGUGGAGCACUUCAGUCAGUUCGGCCCCGUGGAAAAGGCCGAGAUCAUCUCCAACAAGCAGAGCGGCAAGAAGCGGGGCUUCGGCUUCGUCUACUUUCAGAACCACGACGCCGCUGACAAGGCGGCCGUGGUCAAAUUCCACCCUAUCCAGGGCCACCGGGUGGAGGUCAAGAAGGCCGUGCCGAGAGAAGACAUCCAAGCAGGAGGCGGCGGCGGCUCUUCCAGGUCGAGUUGGGGCGGACGGGGAAGAGGAAGGGGCGGAGGUGCCGGCAACCGGGACCACAACGGGCUCUCCAAAGGAGGCGGCGGCGGCGGCUAUAACAGUUACGGAGGCUACGGAGGAGGCGGAGGCGGAGGCUACGGUUCGUACGGUGGCGGCUCUUACGGCGGAGGUGGCAGCGGCGGCGGCGACUAUGGCAACGGGUACGGCGGCUUCGGCAGCUACAGCCAGCACCAGUCCUCCUACGGCCCUAUGAAGAGCGGCGGUGCGGGUGGAGGCGGUGGCGGCAGCUGGGGCCCCCGCAGUAACAGUGGACCAUACAGAGGCGGUUAUGGCGGGGGAGGUUAUGGAGGCGGCUCUUUCUAAGCGGGAAAUUCCCACCGAUCCUUCUGGGGACGUUAGUUUUGUCUGCAUGGAGUAUGCUCUCCGUUUGUACCGGGCCAGGCUUUCAACACUUCCCCUACACUUCGCCUAAAGGCACCUUCAUACAAAAGGUUCCAGUGAUGCGAAGCAGAUCUCGAAUGUUCCUGGUGGGGUCGCUCUGCUGCCUGUGUCACUUUCUGAAGAUGUACUGGGUCUUUCACACAACGAUUUUGUGUUAGUCAUUGAUGGACUCUAUUUUUUUAUUGCUUGGACAUUAGUCGUUUUUUAUACUAGGAACGAGAUAUUGUUUUAAUUUUGGUUUAUUUGGGGUUGGGAGGGAAAAGUCAUGAUUCUGAAGUAAAACUUGGGAGGGAAAGGGGAUUAACUUUGUAAGGACUUGGAAUAUCUACACGUUUUUUUCUACAAUGAUUCCAUGGCUGUAAAAGGGGUUUAAAUCGUUUUUACAUUUUUAUUUUUUAAAUAAAUCAUUGUGUUCAUUGACCUUUACAUGUCUUUUUUCCUAGGGUUCAUUCCGUACAUUUCAAACAAAAAGUUUUUUUAAGUGGCUACAUGUGUUAAGAAAAGAUUGCUUUAUUUCAAGUAAAGAGCCCAACUCUUGCUUCCCCACUACAUUGAAUUUUUUACUGCUAAAGAGUUUGCCAGUUUUUGAAAUAUGUUAGUGGAUGAAGUUGGUUAAAAUACCUUAUUCUACAUCCACAGUUUUGCAGUUGGGCAUUUGCCUUGCAAACACAGUUGGUCUGGUUUUUUUUAAUAUAGGGAGUUAUUCAUAAAAAUGUUCUAACUCAUUUAAAGCAUGUGCUUUUUUUAUAUAUACAUGUUCAAAAUGUCAGAUUUCUUAGUUUCACAUUGUGUUAUUUAUUGGCUUGUCUGUAACAAUCCAUUUUUAAAGGGGAGAAUGCUUUCCCUUAUAAAUAUUUUGUUUGCAUAGUGAAGUCAUUUCAACUGGAUACUAUCUUAAUUGUUCUUAUUAAAAAAAGCCAAGUAUUAAAUAGAGUGCCAUCUGCUGGCAGACUAGUUGACUUUUGUGUAAGUUUUAUUAAAACAACAAAUUGGCUCUCAGAACUGUAGACCACUAGAUCUUUAGAUGGCAAGGGUUAAACUAACAUGCCAAUAAAAUAUAUUGGCUGAAAUGAAAUAUUAAAAUACAAGAAAGUAAAAUUAUUGAUUGAGCAAUUUAAGUAUUCAAUUUUUAAAAUUUGUGCUCGGUGAACAAUACAUAAGCCAGUAACUUAGGCCAAUUGUAAAUCAAAAUUUCUGUAGUCUGCUUGAUGUAUUUGUAGCCCUUUCACACAGUAGAAUUAACGUUUGUUCUAUUAACAAUGUUCUAGAGAGAAACUGACUUCCUGAAUAGAAAUAUAGGUUAUGAAUAUUGCAAAUAAAAAAUUGAAUUCUUCACAUGCUUCAGUGAGUAUGUAUGAAAUGACUAAAAUAUUGAUUUUUUUAACUAUUUAGAUUUCAACCAAAGUAUUUUACUUGAGCUGCUUUAUAUUUCAACAUUUGCUAAAUCAAAAUUUUACAUAGCACUAAUGUGUUAAAGUUAAACUAGGUUAUAUUUAAAAGUUUAUUUGACCCAGUAGAUUUUGUUAAAUAAGGAUUGGUAAUUUUUAAUAGAUUAUAGUUAUGGUUGAAGAUAGGAGCUAGCUACUGAAUGAAUGUCCUGAUGUGUCUUUGAACACACAUUUUGUCAUUUACUCUUCAAGGUCAGUUAUAUUAAAUUGAAACAACAAUAAAUUGGCUUUCUUUUUAUUUGAUGCCUACACUUUUUAUGUGUACAAUUAUCCACUUGACUUCCACAGCAAAUAUUCAGUGUGAUAUGGACAUUCAUUAAAUUAUCUGUGGCUUUGUUCUACAUAAACAUUAGCAAAGUUCUAAUUGAGCUAGAACUGUGCACAUAUUUUACCCAUCAAUAUGUUCAAUUUUUCUAGAUUUAACAAAAUGAAAAUUUUUUAUCGGCUUGAAAAGUUAUGCUGUCCAAAAUCUUGGGUGAAAACAGUUUGAAACAAAUUGGAACUUGGAGCAAGUGGCUUAACCAUGUUGAAUAAAAACUAUUCUGAUUCUUUAAUUUCAUUAAACUUAAGUAAUUUACUGGUGCCUUUAUCUUUUGGGGGAAGAUAAGGUACUCCUUAAGUCAGAUCUCUGGGACUGUUACCAUUCCCUGGAACAAAAACUGGCUUCCAUUUGCCUUGUAGCUAUAACUUGUAUAGUAACUUAACCUUAUUUCUGACUUUUCAGGACCUUAAAAAUGCUUUAUUCUAGGCUUGAUACAAACGUAGACUGAUUAUGCUAAAAUUAAAUGCAAAAAAAAAUCCAGUGAAAAAAUGACAUUGUCUUUUUGAAAUACCUGUGUGGUUGGUUGCAUCAUUUUCUUUAGCUUCAGCAUUAGAGUUUACAUUUUUUUUGCACCUGAGUAUGUUUGCCUAAAAGAACCAGGACUACACAUAGCUCUCAAUGAUAUAUGUGAAUACUCCCACCAUAAGGAGUAAAUAAAGCUGUAUUAACAGAUUUGGUAAAGAUAUGCAGUGAUGUUCUUAAAAAUUGUUAUGUGUAGACUUUUGCAAGAUACUUUUUUUUGGAAAGUAAAAUUUAAUUGCUGCUUAUAAUGCUUUUCUGUUUUUGAAAAGCACAUCAUGGUGAUAAAACACUGUUAUAAUAGUAAAAACAGUUGCAUAUUGCCUGAUGUCCUCUCAUAUUAUGAUCUUUCAAAUCUCUUGUGAGGUAAUAAUCUCAUAUAAUGAACUAUAAACUUUUAAUACAUAGUGAUUCUUAAAUAACAGGUGCUAUACACCCACACUGAGGUUGAUUACUAGCAGGAAAUAUUUUUUUGAAUCCUGAAUGUAUAAAAUCUAUGUAUGUGGAAAUGUGUACAUGAUUCAAUCAUACUGUUCAUUACUGUUUGGUUAGGUCAGAAUAUCUGGUUUGGUCUAGUUUUUGUAUGACAGAGGCAGUAUUUGCCAACUUUUAUACAUUAUAACUUGCUCUUGAGUAUUACAAAAAUUAACAAAGGCUAAAACGUUUUAACAAAUCAUAAAUUUAAAUUCCACUAUCUGAAGCUUCAAUGAUGUAUUUUAUUGCAUAUAUUAUUCUAAUUCUAUAAGCCUACCUUGUUUUAUAUAGGAUGCAAGAAGCUUAUCCUAAUAUUUUGUAUUUUAUGAAAGAAUCAGUUAACAUAGAACAUUGAAGACCACCAUUUGGCAUUAAUAAUGGCAAAUCUAAGAACUGUAGCUAACCUGAAACUUUUUAGUAUGUGAACAGUAUCAUAGAAUCCAGUGACACUUCGCUUAAUUUUUUUUGCAAGUGUUUCAGGAUAAGCUGUAGGCUGUUCAUCAUGUAUUGAGUGUUCACUGAAAUGAGGGGCUGUGUCUUUAUUGCUCAUAAAUUUGAACUGUUGUCGUUUUGGAAAAUAAGCCUGGUGAUGUUGAAAUAAAUUUGCCAAAUCAACCUUAAUAAUUCUAUUUUUAGGCCCGUGACUGUUAAUGUCUACCUGGUGAAUUAAUAGAAUUAUGUUUGCUUUCUCUGUAUUUUAUUUUAAAGCUAUGUUGAAAGAAUAUGCAGAUUUUUUCACAAUUUUGUACUCUCCAGAUGUUGUGGACUUAAGCUCCAGUGAUUUCCCAGUGUCAAAGUCCAACAUAUCUGAAGGCAGGUUAGGUAGUCUGGAUGGCAAGCAUAAUUAAACUAUAA